GGAGGAAUUACGUAAUAAAAAUUGAAGAAUGCAGCGAAUUGGUCCUUAACUUCUUUUGAGGGAGGCAGUGAAAAAAUUUACUGACAUCAAAAAAUAGAUUCGCUCCUAGUUUCAGUACAACUGACAACAUUCCCUCUCCCAUCACUCUCCUCCUCCCCUCCUUCCUUCUAGAAACUUCAUCAGUUCUUCAUCAUUGGUUACCACCAUUGCGAUCAAUUCCUCUUAAGAAUAGUUUUGUAUGGGAAAAAAGUUUGUUUCUGCACAUGGAAUUUUGCCAAGUGAUUAACAAAGCUGUGGGCUGAGGUGUUUUGUAGCUUGAAAUUUGGAUUUAGAGAGAUGGCUCUAGCGAGUAAGGCAGAGACGAAAGCUGCUGUUGAUGCGGCUGCUUGGAUGUUCAAUGCUGUCACUUCGGUUGGAAUUAUUAUUGUUAACAAGUUUUUGAUGGCUACCUAUGGCUUUAGUUUUGCGACGACUUUGACUGGAUUACACUUUGUUGCCACUACAUUGAUGACGGUUGUUCUUCGCUGGCUUGGAUUUAUUCAACCUUCUCAUUUACCUUUGCUGGAGCUGCUGAAAUUUGUCUUGUUUGCAAAUUUUUCAAUUGUUGGCAUGAAUGUUAGUCUAAUGUGGAACUCAGUGGGGUUUUAUCAGAUAGCAAAGUUGAGCAUGAUUCCUGUACUGUGCCUGUUUGAGAUCGUGUUUGAUAGCAUUCGAUAUUCUAGAGACACCAAGCUCAGCAUUGGACUCGUUCUGAUAGGUGUUGGUGUAUGUACUGUUACUGACGUGAGCGUAAAUAUGAAAGGUUUUAUAGCAGCGUCAAUUGCAGUAUGGAGUACUGCUCUGCAACAAUAUUAUGUGCAUUUUCUCCAAAAGAAGUAUUCACUCAGUUCAUUCAACCUCUUGGGCCACACUGCACCAGCACAAGCUGGAACCCUGCUUUUACUGGGUCCGUUCCUGGAUUACUGGCUGACAAAUAUGCGGAUUGAUGCAUUCAACUAUACUACACCAUCUGUUGUGUUGAUUAUUCUGUCAUGCAUGAUUGCAAUUGGGACAAACCUGAGCCAAUUUAUCUGCAUCGGUCGAUUCACAGCUGUGUCUUUCCAAGUACUUGGCCAUAUGAAGACAAUCCUUGUUCUAAUUCUAGGGUUCAUCUUUUUUGGGAAAGAAGGUCUGAACAUACAGGUGGUAGUGGGCAUGAUGAUAGCUGUUCUAGGGAUGAUUUGGUACGGAAAUGCCUCGUCAAAGCCCGGUGGAAAAGAGCGUCGGAGCCUUCCAACGUCCAAACAAAGGCAUGGACAAGAUUUCCCAGAAGAUGAAAGAGUCUGAUAGUUAGUACAUAGGAUGAUUCGAGAAAAUUCAAGUCGGGCUAGAUUUUCUGAGGAAAUGUUGUCAUUUAAUUCAUUUAUUUUAAUUCUUUAAUUCAUUAGUUCAGUUGUUGACUGUUGUGCUGUCUAUUAGAAGCAUUGGGGUGAUGUUAUGUUUGUGUGAAAAAUAGAGGACCCAGCUUAUCAAAUGUGAAUGAAAACUUUUUAACUUAAACUUUUUAA